AAGGAGAGACGCGCCAGCACAGAGAGACACGGAGCCGCAACGGAAAGGAUUAAGAUUUUACCAGACUUUUGAGGAAAAGAAACUAAAACUGUUGGUCAUUUCCCUUUUUCUUGUUGGACAGAAAAUGAAAGGACUACCUGGCAUUAUUUUGGAGUCUGGCAGGGCUUGAGAAUUGCGCAUGCAGAAGCUUCGUCAGUUGUCGGCUGGAAGAACUUAAAGCUCGGCUGUAAUCUAACUUGACUUGGACUAUCAGGGAUCCGUCCAAGAGAGGGAGUUAAAUAUCACCAGAGAACAAGACUUUUAAGCACCACUUCCACCAUGGAUGAAGACCAGUGUUACUACAACGAGACCAUUGCCUUUUUCUACAACCGCAGUGGCAAGCACCUGGCCACAGGCUGGAAUACGGUCAGCAGGCUGGUGAUGGGCCUGGGCAUCACUGUGUGCAUCUUCAUCAUGCUCGCCAACCUUCUGGUGAUGAUUGCCAUCUAUGUCAACAGACGAUUUCAUUUUCCUAUUUACUAUCUGAUGGCCAACCUGGCAGCUGCUGACUUCUUUGCUGGACUGGCUUACUUCUAUUUGAUGUUCAACACUGGACCAAACACGAGGCGCCUCACCGUUUCCACGUGGCUCCUGCGCCAAGGCUUAAUUGAUACCAGUCUGACAGCGUCUGUGGCCAAUCUCCUUGCCAUUGCCAUAGAGCGACACAUCACAGUGUUCCGCAUGCAGCUCCACACACGGAUGAGCAACCGGCGCGUGGUAGUGGUGAUCGUUAUAAUUUGGACAAUGUCCAUAGUAAUGGGAGCCAUCCCCAGCGUAGGAUGGAACUGUAUCUGUAGCAUCAAAACUUGUUCAAAUAUGGCGCCACUCUACAGCAAUUCCUACUUGGUUUUCUGGGCUGUGUUCAACCUGGUAACCUUCGUUGUCAUGGUGACACUGUAUGCACACAUUUUCGUCUAUGUGAGGCAGAGGACCAUGAGGAUGUCGCGGCACAGCUCUGGACAACGGCGCAACCGAGACACAAUGAUGUCUCUGCUGAAGACGGUGGCCAUAGUCUUGGGUGCAUUCAUCAUUUGCUGGACCCCUGGUUUGGUCAUUCUGCUCCUUGAUGUCUUCUGUUCCAGCUGCAAUGUCCUCACCUACGAAAAGUUUUUCCUGCUUCUUGCUGAGUUCAACUCAGCCAUGAAUCCCAUCAUCUAUUCUUACCGUGACAAAGAGAUGAGCGCCACCUUCAGGCAGAUCCUGUGCUGCCAACGGCAGGAGAAUGUCAACGGGACAGCAGCAGAGGGGUCUGAUCGGUCUGCCUCUUCCAUCAACCAUACGGUGCUAGGCGGAGGUGUGAACCACCAUCAACAUCAACACGACCACUCUGUAGUGUGAAUUAAAAAAAUACGUUCUCCCUAAAUCUGAAUUGAGACCAAGCUAGAGACAUGAACUACAGACUGUAGAACUGAAAAAAGCAACUGAAGAUGAGGAUAAAAUUAGUUUCAAUGAAAAAUCUUGAUACUAAGACUAAGGGAUGAUAUUCAAGGACUGGGCUGUUAGAAUUUUCUGUUAAUUGUUCAUUUUUAUUUGUUUUUAGUAUGUUCUUACAGCCAACAAUAAUAUGAAGUAUUUAACAGUGAUCUGUGGAAUCACAGUAUUGCCAGUCCGUUUUUACUGUUCAGAUAACGUUUGCUGAUAUUGUGUCCCUUGUUUCCCGCCACCAAUGAAAAAUCUAUGUAAAUGCGCAUGAACAUGGGUUUCGGACUUCCGGGUUAAAAGAUCUCAUAUGUAAACAAAGCUCUGCAAGUUUUUGCGAAUGUUUUUGGGCUCUAUGUACGAAACGCAUAGCCAUUGAAUGCAUGUUGGAAGUUUAACCAGGUUCAACUUUGACCAAUGGAUGGCAUCCCUUUUAAUUCAUAAAAGUGCCACCUGUUUGAAAAUUUAUCUUGAAGGAAAAGUUAUUAAUUGUGGUUUGUGCCUGGCUGGAAUUAUAUGACACCGAGUCUUUCAUAUAUUGGAAUAGGGCUGUGAAAGAAAAAAGCCUGGAGCAAGAAUCAUGAGGUUUGCACUGCUUUGACACUUUGCACCAAGCCACUUCCAGCUGUGGCAACAUGCGCAAGUAAACAGAAGAAAAAGAAAAGGGAAGAGGUCCGCUUGUCCAGUGCAAACACCAUGGGCUGAAUUUGCUUUUUUUAAGAACACGUGUCACAUGCACAGUGUGUCUGUAGCUUAAGAGUUCUACCAAGAUGUUCCAGGAAACGUAGCAGAAAGGAGUCAAAUCUGGAUGUGAGACAGAGGUCUAAGCUACUUAGUGAGUGGCUCAGCUGAAAGCAUCAGAGAAUGUUGCUGUCUCUGAAACAAAGAAAAAAAGGGAGAACGUAAGAGAAUGUUGACUGUUAAUUGGUAAGAAUCCACCUCACUGUUCCAGGAUUAUAAAGAGACCUGGAACCAUGCAUGGUCAUGCAAGCAGUUCAAAGCAUGCUUUUUCAUCCCCCCCCCC